CAAAUAUGGCGGCCACCAUGAAAUGUCAUGCCGAACUUAGAUAGCAGCUUUCCUGACACAGACAUGAGUUUUUCGUUUAUUAAACUCGGUUCCUCCAGGCAGGUUAUAGCUUUAUUUUAACCGACAGGACAGCGUUAGAAGCGACAGACGUCAUGUUGUUGUCCGGCCUAACGGCGGCCUCCAGAGGGGGGCUCAGACGGCUCUCCCCUCUUUGUGGAAGAUUGUCCACUAACCCGCCUGGAGCCCAGGAUGACACCCAGCACCAUCCUCCACCUGAGAGCCCCGCUCCGCCCGCUUCCCCCGAAGACAGCGAGGAGGUCCGUAGGCCCAGGAAGGACCCCAGCGGCUGCUCCGUGCUCCUCUUCCCCGGCCAGGGCAGCCAGUUUGUGGGCAUGGGUCGAGGUCUUUUGAAGUACCCUAAUGUUAAAGACAUGUUCGCGGUGGCCCAGAGGGUCCUCGGGUACGACCUGCUGUCCCUGUGCCUGGAGGGACCCGAGGAGGAGCUGAUGAAGACGGUCCACUGUCAGCCGGCAGUGUUUGUCACCUCACUGGCAGCAGUGGAGAAGCUCAACCAUAUCAACCCCACGGCUAUUGAGACGUGUGUUGCUGCUGCAGGGUUCAGUGUUGGAGAAUUUGCUGCUCUGGUCUUUUCUGGAGCUAUGAACUUUACUGAAGCUCUGUAUGUGGUGAAGGUACGUGCAGAAGCCAUGCAGAAAGCAUCAGAGCUAGUUCCUAGUGGGAUGCUGUCAGUCAUUGGCCGGCCUCAGGCUAAUUAUAAACACGCCUGUCUGCUAGCAAAAGAGCACUGCCUGAGUCUAGGCAUCCAGGAGCCUGUCUGCUCUGUGGCCAACUACCUGUUCCCUGAUGGUAGGGUCAUUGCAGGGCACCAACAGGCUCUGGAUUUCCUUCAGAAGAACUCCUGGCAGCUUCGGUUCGUGAGGACCAAACCCCUCCCUGUCAGCGGGGCUUUUCACACUGACCUGAUGAAGUCGGCCACUGAGCCUCUCCGAGAGGUCCUCAGACAGGUGGAGAUCCGGCGUCCUGAAAUCAGCGUGUAUUCCAAUGUCGAUGGCAAGCGCUACAUGAAUAAGAACCACAUUCGAUGGCAACUGGUGAAGCAACUUGAGUCGCCUGUAAAAUGGGAGCAAAGUCUGCAUGAGAUGUAUGAGAGGACACAGGGACAGAAGUUCCCACAUACAUAUGAAGUGGGUCCUGGAAAACAGCUUGGUGCCACACUUCAGAAGUGUAACAGGAAGGCCUUUAAAACAUAUACGCAUGUGGACGUCACUGCUCAUGAAGAGUAAAAGUGGAAAUUAUAGUGAAAUGGGCCUCAGUGUUCAGUUAUGUCCACCAAACUCUCCAGUGAGAGGUGCUAAACCUGGAAAGUCUCAAUAUUGCUUUGUGUUUUUUAUUAUGUAAAUAAAACCCCGUUUUGUAUUAA